GGCAUCCUCGAGCAGAGUACAUAACGACGCGCCAAGAACGUAUUUCGAGCCCGCCAAGACAAACGACGCCGACGACCUCGACGACAACAGCGAAACCAAAAGUUUGAGGCAGCGGACAAUACUACUGCUCCACUCGAUUAUCAACCCCAACCCCCACCCACACCACAAUGUCCGCCCCCGCCAUCGCUGCUGCGUUCCACGCGGCCGUCACGCAGCUCGACGACGCCGCGCCCGCCGACCCGUGCGCUGCGUCCUUUAGCGAGAGCCACUGGGGGCUGCGUAUCGCGUCCGUGUUCAUCAUUCUUGUCACAUCGCUCUUCGGCACGCUCCUCCCGAUCUUCCUGCGCAACUCGUCGUUCGUCCCGCGCUGGGCGUUCGAGUUUGCCAAGUUCUUCGGCUCGGGCGUGAUCAUCGCGACGGCGUUCAUCCACCUGCUCGCGCCCGCAUUCCAGGAGCUCGGCUCGCCAUGCCUCACGGGCGCAUGGCAGGAGUACACGUUCGCGCCGGCGAUCGCCAUGAUCUCGGUGCUGUUCAUGUUCUUCGCCGAGGUCGCGGCCUACCGGCUGGGCACAAAGCGCCUGCUGCGCCUCGGCGUCGCGUACUCGACCCACGCGGAGGACGCGACCGACGCGCACGCCCACUCGCACCGCCACGACCCGCCGCUUGACGUCGACACGUCGGGUCCCGAGUCGCAGGCGCACGUCCACCCCUCCAUCUCGCACACGCACGCCGACGAGCACGGCGAGAGCGCACACUCGCACGCUGUUGCGCUCGCCGAGAAGGGCCGCAAGGACACGGAGAGCGCGUCGUCGCAUUCUGAUCUCGAGCACGCGCCGUCGAGCGCCGAGGCCACCGCGCAGCUCAUCGCCGUCGCGGUGCUCGAGUUUGGCGUCAUGCUGCACUCGAUCAUCAUCGGCCUGACGCUUGCCGUGUCGGACGAGUUUGUCGUCCUCUUCAUCGUCAUCAUCUUCCACCAGAUGUUCGAGGGUCUCGGUCUCGGCUCGCGUCUCUCGGCGCUUAGCCUGCCCAAGAAGUUCAACUCGUCGCGCUACGUCGCGGCCAUCAUCUACGCCAUCUGCACCCCCGUCGGUAUUGCCGUCGGCCUCGGUAUCCGCCAGACGUACAACGGCAACGGCGUCGCCGCCAACAUUGUUUCCGGCAUCCUCGACGCCAUUUCCGCCGGCAUCCUGCUCUACACCGGCCUCGUCGAGCUCCUCGCCCACGAGAUCCUCCUCAACCCCAGAAUGAUGAAGAGCUCGGACGGCAAGCUCACCUACGUCUUCCUGUGUAUCUGCGCCGGUGCCGGCCUCAUGGCCCUCCUCGGCCGCUGGGCAUAGAUAGACAACAGAGAAAGAGCAUGUGGCGGCGAGUGGAGUAGAGCGAGUGGCGGCGCAGCAGUCAGCAGCUUAUAGAGUUCAUUCAGGUCAUAAUGUAUCAUUGGUCACUUUUC